GGAUUCUGUCGGGCCUCCACAUUAAUUAUUUUAUCUGUGGUUGAUUCUGUUGCUAUUCUGAGAUGGACUUGAAAGUCGAAACGGAUCCAGCGAAAUGUAUAAAGGGUGGCUCAAGUUUGUUUUUGUGGCACUCGAACUUGCUUCAAGCCCAAGCCAUCCACGACAUCUCCAAUCGCGCUGAUAAUGUCCACCAUCCAGUCAAAAGACAACCUCUGACGGGAAGCAACAAAUGAAGUUGUUUGCUCAACACGCUCUGGUCUUGAUAGCCUUCGGCCUCGGGGCCGUCGCGUUGCCCUCGGCUAAGCAGCCGGAGACGUCCGACGUCCAACCCAUCCUGCGCCGGGGCCACAUCGCCACGCCCGAGCACCUGCGCAUCGUCGAGGUCGUCAGGUACAUCGAGGCCACGCGGAGCACGUCCCUGAAGUGGCUAGAAGCCGGCGAUAGACGCCUCCUCACACUCCCCACGGACGAAUGGGGUCAACACUCCAACGCUCUCUACUCUCUCGUGGCGGCCCGGCAGGCCCCUCCGUCUGCUGCUUCAGGAUCCGGCUCGACAGCACUCAACCGGUGCGCCCCGAAGCGCGGGACCGUCGUGGGCGGGGUCGAGUCGCAUCCGGCGCAGUUCUGGCUCGGCGGCAAGGAACUUGCCGAGAAUGACAACAAGCCCGGCGACCCCAUCCACACGGCCUACAGGCUCAUCAUGAACGUCGCCAACAGCCUCGAUCGCUACGUCUGCGAGCGCGCCAUGACGAAGCUGAUCACUGGCUUCUGCCAGGGCACCUUUGUCGACUUCCAGGGAGGCUACUUAGACGUCUUCAAUGCACAAGAGGGCGUGGAAAGUGACAAGCUGUACAGUGUCCAAGCGGAUCCCAACUCGGACAUCACCCGGGCAUGAGUCUGUCCAUGUCGGGGAGGUGACUUGGUAGGAGGCCCAGGCUCCGGGAGGAGGGCUCAGGGGGGUUAUUAGUGUCUCAAAAAGUGGGCUCUGACCAGACCUUGGCCAGGGAUC